AAGCGGGGUCGCCACCGCGGGUUCCUCCACUUUGGGAACCUCACACACUGGGCUCCUCAUUACAUUACGCUGCAGCGGGCGUGGGGGGCGGCGGCUGGCAGCGGCAGCAGUGGCCGGGAUGCUGAGUUCCCGGGCGCAGGCGGCGAGGACGGCGGCCGACAAGGCCCUCCAGCGCUUCCUGCGCACCGGGGCGGCCGUCAGAUACAAAGUCAUGAAGAACUGGGGAGUGAUCGGUGGAAUUGCUGCUGCUCUUGCAGCAGGAAUAUAUGUUAUCUGGGGUCCCAUUACAGAGAGGAAGAAGCGGAGAAAAGGGCUUGUGCCUGGCCUUGUCAACUUGGGGAACACCUGCUUCAUGAACUCCCUGCUGCAGGGUUUGUCUGCCUGCCCCGCGUUUGUCAAGUGGCUGGAGGAGUUUACCACCCAGUACUCCAGGGACCAGCAGGGGCCGCACACACACCAGUGCCUGUCCUUGACACUGCUGAACCUCCUGAAAGCUCUGUCCUGCCAAGAAGUCACUGAGGAAGAGGUCUUGGACGCCAGCUGCCUGCUGGAUGUCCUGAGAAUGUACCGGUGGCAGAUCUCGUCCUUUGAGGAGCAGGAUGCUCACGAACUGUUCCAUGUCAUCACCUCAUCCCUGGAGGACGAGCGGGACCGCCAGCCUCGUGUCACCCACUUGUUUGAUGUGCACUCCCUGGAGCAGCAGUCAGAAAUGGCUCCCAGACAAGUCACCUGCCACACGAGAGGGUCCCCUCACCCCAUGACCAAUCCCUGGAAGUCUCAGCACCCCUUCCAUGGCAGGCUCAGCAGUAACAUGGUGUGCAAGCACUGUGAGCACCAGAGCCCUGUUCGGUUUGACACCUUUGACAGCCUUUCCCUCAGUAUUCCAGCUGCUACUUGGGGGCACCCACUGACACUGGACCACUGCCUUCACCACUUCAUCUCAUCCGAGUCGGUGCGAGACGUUGUGUGUGACAACUGUACAAAGAUUGAAGCAAAAGGGACCCAGAACGGGGAAAAGGUGGAGCACCAGAGGACCACUUUCGUUAAACAGUUAAAGCUAGGAAAGCUGCCACAGUGCCUCUGCAUCCACCUGCAGCGGCUCAGCUGGUCCAGCCAAGGCACGCCCUUGAAGCGGCAUGAGCACGUGCAGUUUAACGAGUUCCUGAUGAUGGACUUCUACAAGUACCGCCUCCUGGGACAUAAACCCAGCCAGCAUGGCCCCAAAGCCACUGAGAGCCCAGGGUCUGCCCUGGAAGUACAGGACACACAGGCGGCCCCGAAGCCAGGUCUGAGUCAGCCAGCGGCCCCCAAGACACAGUUUUUUAUGAAUGGCGCCUGCUCCCCGUCUUUGUUGCCAGCCCUGCCUUCCCCGAUGGCCUUCCCUCUACCAGUGGUUCCUGACUACAGCUCCUCCAUGUACCUCUUCCGCUUGAUGGCAGUUGUCGUCCACCAUGGAGACAUGCACUCUGGACACUUUGUCACCUACAGACGGUCACCACCUUCUGCCAAGAACCCUCUCUCAACCAGCAACCAGUGGCUGUGGAUUUCCGAUGACACUGUCCGCAAGGCCAGCCUGCAGGAGGUCCUGUCCUCUAGCGCCUACCUGCUGUUCUAUGAGCGAGUUCUGUCCAGGGUGCAGCAGCAGGGGCGAGAGUACAGGUCAGAGGAGUGACAGGCCGGCCCAGAGCCAGGGCCCUCGGCAAGGUCCACACGUCCAGGAUAAAAGCAAAGGCAUGCCACGUGUACACGUGCAAGCCAGCCCUCCAGAGCCCUCGGCCUCUGUAUUCUGAGAGCAGGCUCCACAGGGAGCCAGUCCUACAGCGCUGCCAGGGUGACCUGGAAGAUGUCCUUUUGUGUCUGGAGCCUCUUCCUUGACACAGGCAAUUAAAACCGCCAGAUCCCAGAAGCCCCCUUUUCUGUGCUGUCAUUGCUAGGUGUUCUCAGACGGCCGCCUUUGGCUGACUCCCCGACAUUUCACCAUAGAUCUUUAUUUUUAAUAAGGAGGCCCAUAAAUAUUAUUGACAAGAAUUAGUGAAUUAUUAAAGGCAACAUUUGAGAAGAAAAAGUGCCUUUGUUUCCAGUUGUUCUGAGACCAAGCAUGACCUAAGUCACAGGGAGAGGCUGAGAAAGCCCUGUCCUUCCAGGCUCCUCAGAGGUCAGAACAGUUCAAGGAUGCCUGAGACAGCGUGCCAGCUCGCUCACACCGGAACCCCAGCAUGUAGAGACUGAGGCAGGAGGACCACUGCAACUUCCAGGCCAGCCUGGGCUCCUUAAUUAAAACUUUGUCUCCUCCCCUAAGCCUCAAGAACACCUACCUACCUUUGGGUGUGCCUUUUGUGAUCUUCAGUUCUGUGUCAUCAAGGUCAUUUGCCAAGCUCACACUGGACGAGGGGAAGGCCUCUUCCUGAGCCUGUCACCUGCACUGCUAAUGGCUACACAAGGUUGCUCUCUUCAUGUUAUUGCCCACAACAGGAUUUGCAGAGCUUGGGCAGGGCCACCUGAAAGCUGGCACUGACCCAGGGCCGCAGUCUCUCUGGACCUUGCUUCCUCAGCCCACAGUGCGGGAGAAAGCAGUGUGAUGUUUGGACAGAAGUGUAGCAGGUGCGUCCUUCAGGUGUCAGGGCCGCACUCUGUCUGUCUCUCUCUCGUGACCUCUCAGUAAGCAGAAGGUACACUGGGCCCCUUCCCUUUCCAGACAAGCCUCAUGAACAGCCAGGCACAGAGGAAUCCGUGUUAGCUAAGUGUGUAAUUUAGAAAAAGUGAUACCAAACUCAAACUGACUCUUCUGGUCUAAGAUUGGGAACCAGACCUAUCCAAAAGUCACUGAGGUAAGGCUGAGACCGUGUUUUCUUUGCUGCGGUGAGCUGGCAGACAUUCCAGAUGUGCCUCCGUCAGCUAUGAGAUCAGGUCUCACUGUGCAUCCUGAGGACUCGAGACUGUGCGGUGCUGGACCGCCACACCACAGCAGCCCCACACAGCAGACCUGGCUUUCGAGCUGAGAUGAACACAAAAGAGGUCAGUGGCUGUAACCCUAGAGCACUGUGCAGGGCUGUGGGCCCCAGCGAGAAGAGAGGUGGCCAAGAGGAAAGUGUGCAAGGCUGCUCAGUCGCCGCUGUGAGCCCAGGCUGUAGAUGUGUCAGCCUGCGCGAGCGCUAAUGUCCUUCCUCAUGUUGUAAAUUAUUACAGUAGAUAGUGACCAAUGAUGGUUCCUAGUUUUAAGUUAUUCACAGUAGGUAUCUUCUUCCUGGAGAAACUUAAGUUAAGCUAGUAUUUACGCCGUAGGCUGCUGAGUGUGGAUUUGCUAAAGCAUUUGUAUCUGCUGUGUACUAUUGCAAUAAAGAUGGUUUUGUUAGGAAA